AAGCGGCUGCCGGGCAGCCCAGGGGGAUGGCUGGACCUCCGCGCUGAGGCGGGGUGGGGUGCACUUCACUGAAGCGGGAACCCCAGCCGGAGCGGAGCCGGAACCGAGCGCUACCAUGUCCACACAGAGACUUCGAAAUGAGGACUAUCCUGACUACAGCUCCACUGAUGUGAGCCCAGAUGAGAGCCCAUCCGAAGGUCUGAACAACUUCUCUUCCUCGGGCUCCUACCAGCGAUUCGGAGAAAGCAGCAGCACAACAUGGUUCCAGACUUUGAUCCACCUGUUAAAAGGCAACAUUGGCACAGGACUCCUGGGGCUGCCCCUGGCAGUGAAAAAUGCAGGCAUCUUGAUGGGUCCCCUCAGCCUGCUGGUGAUAGGCAUCGUGGCCGUGCACUGCAUGGGUAUCCUGGUGAAAUGUGCUCACCACUUCUGCCGCAGACUGAACAAGCCCUUUGUGGACUAUGGGGAGACAGUGAUGUACGGACUGGAAUCCAGCCCUAUCCCCUGGCUCCGGAACCACGCACACUGGGGAAGGCACAUUGUGGACUUCUUCCUCAUUGUCACGCAGCUGGGAUUCUGCUGUGUCUAUUUUGUUUUUCUGGCUGACAACUUUAAACAGGUGAUAGAAGCAGCCAAUGCAACCACCAAUGACUGCCACAUCAAUGAGACAGUGAUUCUGACGCCUACCAUGGACUCGAGACUCUACAUGCUCACCUUCCUGCCGUUCCUGGUGCUGCUGGUGUUUGUUAGGAACCUUCGAGUCCUGGCCAUCUUCUCCCUGUUGGCCAACAUCACCAUGCUGGUCAGCCUGGUCAUGAUCUACCAGUUCAUUGUUCAGAGGAUCCCAGACCCCAGACGCCUCCCCUUGGUGGCAUCCUGGAAGACCUACCCUCUGUUUUUUGGCACAGCCAUUUUUGCAUUUGAAGGCAUCGGGAUGGUUCUGCCCCUUGAAAACAAAAUGAAGGAUCCCCGGAAAUUUCCAAUCAUCCUGUAUGUGGGAAUGGCCAUCGUCACUACCCUCUACAUCAGCCUGGGGUGUCUGGGGUACCUGCAAUUUGGAGCUGAUAUCCAAGGCAGUAUAACCCUCAACCUGCCCUACUGCUGGCUGUACCAGUCGGUGAAGCUGCUCUACUCCAUCGGCAUCUUCUUCACCUACGCCAUCCAGUUCUUCGUCCCAGCCGAGAUCAUCAUCCCCUUCUUCGUGUCCCGUGUGCCCGAGCAUUGGGAGCUGGCGGUGGACCUGUUGGUGCGCACCAUGCUGGUCUGCUUGACAUGCGUCUUGGCCAUCCUCAUCCCCCGCCUGGACCUGGUCAUCUCCCUGGUCGGCUCCGUGAGCAGCAGUGCCCUGGCCCUCAUCAUCCCGCCCCUCCUGGAGAUCACCACCUACUACUCGGAGGGCAUGAGCCCCCUCACCAUCGCCAAGGACGCCCUGAUCAGCAUCCUGGGCUUCGUGGGCUUUGUGGUGGGGACGUAUGUGGCUCUCUAUGAGUUGAUCCAGCCAAGCAAUGCUCCCAUUUUUAUCAACUCCACCAGUGCCUUUGCCUAGCUAUCUGGGUGCACCCCUGCACCUGCCCACCCCUCCCCUGUGUGUUCCCCAGCACCUGGCCCCAGAGCCUCAGGAGGGUGCUGUCAGGAACCCUGCUACCUGGCACCCAGGUGCCCUGGGGCAGGUAGACUGAGGGCAGGGGGAGAGUGGGUAGCAGUCACGCAGGAGGGACCUUUAGUGGCAGUGCCAGCAUUGUCCGUUUGUACUUAUUUUAACCCAGAACUUUACAGCUGUUUUCCCUCUUCCUGCCUCCUCCCUUACUUGCCUCUCUCCUCUGACCCUCCUCCCCCAAAUGAUUCUUGUUGCACAGCUCACUUUAUUUAAACAUUUUAGCAUCUUCUUCCCUGGUCCAGGCCCAGAUGAAAUAAGUGAGAACUCUCCCUCUUUAUAAAGCCGGGCCUAUCUCUUUCUCAUCUCUCCCCCAGAUAUUUUACCUCGAUAUUCACCUACCUAUUUAAAUCUCGAGUGGUGUCUGGAUCUACCUAGUGGUGUAAAACCAGCCCCCAACUCUGGAGUUUUUAACCUUGACUCUCUCUGGCUUGCUGUGACCCUCAGCAACACCUUCUCCUCUCUGAUUCCUUGUGUGGGUCACAGUACUGUAUUCUUGGUUGCUUUAGCCCCCAAAGGAUAUUAAGUGCUGCCUCAAUGGAAAAUAUUUAUAUUUUAUUUAAAAUUAGCUUUUGUUUUUAGACUCUCUAGAUCAGGGCUUAUUGUGAAUUGUUCCUUCCUCAGUAAACUCGUACUCAGCUUCUCCGGCUGAAAAUUGCUGCAGGAAGUGUCUGCCGAGGUCCUCAGCCCUCGCGGCCGAGUGCCUCACGGGUUUAAUCAGGAUCAUCUAAACACGUACCUCUGUGGGGAGGCAUGGCCUUUGCCUGCCACUGACCAGCCUGAUGUCAUUCUGAGCAGACAUGAAGGACUCAGGAAGUAUCGCCAGUGCACUAGGCUGAGGGAGAGGACGGCCGAGUGGGAUGUGUCUCUGCUCACGGGAGGCGUGUAGAGCGGUGGCUUUGUGCAUUCGGGCCUGUUUCCGAGCCUCAGCCCCUGACAGGCACACGGCAUGGUGGCAUUCAGUCACCAUCGUGCUGGGAAGACACCCGCACUGUUGCCACGGAUGAGACGAUGAGGUCAUUGUGCACAGAGAAUGUGAAAUUAAGUUCAGAGAACUUACAGCAGCUGGUCUGACACUAAGUGUGGUGCUUGGCUGUUCACAGUCAGCGGGGGACAGGGCAGACCGUGUCCUGUCCUGGCUGCCUCCGUGACCUGGACUCUAACGGAACCACUUGGUCGGGAUUUUGGUUUCCUGUGUUCUAAACACUAAUUGUGAUGCCUGACCCUCCCCCUGCGUGUCAGAAAUAGUCUCAGGGUUGGCUCACCUCGAGGUCAGCCUUCAGAUCUGGGAACAAACUGCAGAGAAGGCAGAGGGCACCUUGCCUUGCUUUGGGCUGCCCCUUCCCUCUUUCAGAAGGGCGUUGUCACUAACUCUCCAUCUCUUGAGCUGUGCAUGUGUAUGUGUGUGUUCAUGCACAUGUGGUAGGUCUUGCUUCCUCCAUUCCUGUCGCUAGGCUUUGCUUACUUACCUUCGGCUACAGUUCGCCCUGAAGGUUGGGAGAGCAGCACAAUUUUAUCAGGGUUUUUUGUUUUGUUUUGUUUUGUUUUUAAAGCAUAUAAUAAUGAUUUAAUGUACAUUUUUGUCAGGGGUUUUGUUUUUGUGUUUCACCAAAGCUCAUGAGGGCUGUGAUCCACCUUUACAGCCCCUGUUUUUUCUUCCUCUUCUGUUUGAAAGCCCAACUCUCUCGUUGCAGUGACUUCUAAGCAACCAACCAACUUAUUAACUUUGGAAGAUUGGUGGUAACUUGGUCUCCCUUAAGGGAAUGCCACUUUCCAUCCACCAUUUCUGCUCUCUGGCGGUCUCUAACAGGUGCUCACACGACCAAGGUUCUAGCUGGAGGUGGCAGCGGCCCUGCACUCUGAAGCCUCAGGCUUAGAACUCCCCAGAGUGGGUUCAGGAACUGUUGUCUCCCGUUUGCAAGCCUGGGCUCCAGCGGAGUUCCCGCGUGGUCCUGGCUGUUUGUACGAGAAGAUGCACGCCAGUGGAGGGGUCAGAGGGGUGUCCUGCUCGCAGCUUCGGCGGCGCAGGCUUCCGUGCAUGCAGGGGCUGCCUGAGGCAGUCCUGUCCAGGUGGGCAGUGCCACGGACCGUGUGCUGGGAUAACAGCUGGAUAGCAGCACAAUACGGAGUUCCUCUGGCCCCAGGUCUUAGUGAAAUGCAGGCUAUUGCUUCAGGGUCCCUCACCCAGAGAAUGUGCUGUAUAGGAGAGACAGCUAGUGUUGGGGCUUCUGGAGGCUAAUUUGGCAUGGCCCUUACCCUGUUUGAUCUCUUGCCUGUACUCCUGCUCUGACAGCCUGAUCUCAGCCGCUUCAGAAGACCAGGCAAAGAGGACCCAGUCAGUGGGCCUGUCUGGUUGUGUAGUUGCACUGCAGUUAGGCGUUGAGUAGAAGGCCAGCCAGAGGAUGGCAGUGGAAGGGAGCCCCUCCUCCCCUUCUGGAACCCGCCCUCUGGGCCAGCUGAGGGAAGCUUUUUCUUCUGCUGCCUGUGGGCCUUCUGCAGUUGGUUUCUUCUCAUGCUCGUUAGGAGCCAGCUAGCUGCCCAGCCUCUUCCUGUGCCUUGCUGGGAAAAGAGCUCCAGCAUAAGUAGGAUCUGAUCAGGAGCAACAGAGCAAAGGCUUUCUGGAGUGUGAGGCUGCAUCUACCAAGCCAAAGGCCAAUCCUGGAUUUUCUGGCCCAACACUGUUAGGCUCUGUGCCCCUCCCCAACCUCCCCAAUGCAGCCCCAGAUUUUAUUAGCUCAGAGGUAGCAGCUCAGAGCUCCUUGAUCUGUCUGCAAAUGCCUAUUGAGAGCUGGCUUCCAGCUCCCUGUCGGCGAUGUAUCUCCCCUUAAAUGCAGGUGCUUGCUGGGAAAAGCAUGACCUGGCACUUUCUAUUCAGUUUGCCUAUAAGUUGUCACCCUUCACACGUGGCAUUAUUUAUAGUGUGCUGCUGUCCGGCUGCUAGGAGCCCUUCAUCGGCACAAACCCUGGCCAGAUAUAUGUGAAUGUAUGUAUGGCAGGUCUUAGCUGAGAACCUGCAGCUUGUGCCCUCCCUCUCUGUCACUCACCUCCCCGGCCAAAUUCAUUGGCUGACGCUUGCUACCCACUCUCUGCACUCAAAAAAGGUAACAGUUUGCAAUUUUAGUGAUGAUCCCACCAAACAGGUAUGUUAGGAAAAUCUUCCCCAUACCCCCAUAUUCCUGUCUUGCUUUUUUUCUCCUCCAACUUUUACCAAAAUUAUAGAAUAUCAUUUUUGUUUCACACUACAUGUUUGCUUCAUGUUUUUUUGGAAAUGCAAAAUCUCAGUUUAUGUCUAUUUAUAGCUCUCUGUCCUCACUGUUCACAGUCAGGGGGUUUGUUCGGUGGGUUUCAUUUCGUAGCUGAUCGGAGGGCCCCAGCCUGGGCCCUGGUCAGAACACGAAGCUGGUUCCUCACAGUGGAGACACAAGUACAAGAGGCACAACUUGGUGAUGAGGGGGUCGGCUCCAAAUCUGCCUUAGAAUUAAAUUUCCCAAAGUACAUUACAAAUCGCCAAGACUAUCAGGGGAAGAGGAGACAGUGUGGUUUGUCUUUGAAAUCAUGGUUGAUGCUUCUAGGCGCUAGUGCUAUGUCUGCAAGGCUGUUAGCGGUGACAGCUCUCGCUUGUCGCUUCUUCCCUGUCCUGUGUACAUGGAGUCAUUCCCUGGCCAGGGGACGUAAAUGGUGCUGAUGCCAGG